CCUGUUGCGCUCCUCAGCUGUUUUCAUUCUGGUUUCUGUUGAUUUCGCGAACAGUUUGCCUUAGUUUUAAUCCGUUUUUAUAUUUUAAAUAAACUUAAGUUAAAAUGCUCUGCAGACUAGUGGGAAAUGGCAAUCUGAGCGCCCGAUAUUCGGCCUCUAUCAAGGCUAUUGCGUGCUACUCCACGUCGGGAAAACAGCGAAAGGGAAAGAUCUACGAGUCGGCCAUAGAUGCAGUGGCCGAUGUUAAGGAUGGGUCCAAGAUCCUCUUCGGAGGAUUCGGCAUCUGCGGCAUUCCGGAGAAGAUGAUCAACGCUUUGAAGCAGAAGGGAGUCAAGAAUAUCACCGGGGUUUCCAAUAAUGGAGGAGUGGACGACACUGGUCUGGGCGUCCUGAUCAAGCAGAAGCAGGUGUCCAAGGUGAUUGGCUCCUAUGUGGGCGAGAACACGGAGCUGGUGCGUCAAUAUCUGGAAGGAGAACUGGCCGUGGAGCUGACUCCCCAGGGAACGCUGGCCGAGAAGAUUCGCGCCGGAGGAGCCGGCAUUCCCGCCUUCUACACGCCCACUGGCUACGCCACUCUCGUCCAGGAAGGCGGAGCACCCAUUAAAUACUCGAAGGAUGGCAAAGUGGAGAUUUCCAGCGAAAAGAAGCCGGUGAAGGAGUUCAACGGCCAGAACUACGUGAUGGAGGAGUCCAUCUUUGCGGAUUUUGCCUUCGUCAAGGCCCAAAAGGCCGAUCCCCUAGGCAAUCUGGUGUUCAACAAGGCGGCCAGGAACUUCAAUGCACCCAUGUGCCGGGCCGCCAAGAUCACCGUGGCCGAGGUGGAGGAAAUAGUGCCCAUUGGAGCUCUUUCCCCCGAUGAGAUCCACGUGCCCGGCAUCUACAUCAAUCGUAUUUUCAAGGGCAGCGACUACAAUAAGCGCGUGGAGCGUCUGAGGAUCACCGAGCCCAAGGAUCCUAGUAAACCCGCUCCUCCUCCCAAUCCCGCCCAGGCUCUGCGUGAGCGGAUAGCCCGCCGAGUGGCCCUGGAGUUCCAGGAUGGGAUGUACGCCAAUUUGGGCAUCGGCAUCCCCGUCCUCUCCUCCAACUACAUCCCGCAGGGCAUGAGCGUGAUGCUGCAGUCGGAGAACGGCAUCCUGGGUCUGGGACCCUUCCCCACCAAGGACCAAGUGGAUCCGGAUUUGAUAAAUGCCGGCAAGGAGAGCGUUACUGUGGUUCCCGGAGCCUCCUACUUUGGCUCUGAUGACAGCUUCGCCAUGAUUCGCGGUGGCCAUGUGGAUAUCACCAUUCUGGGCGCCAUGGAGGUAUCGGCCACCGGCGAUCUGGCCAACUGGAUGAUUCCUGGAAAACUAGUUAAGGGCAUGGGUGGCGCCAUGGAUUUGGUGGCUGCUCCCGGCACCAAGGUGAUCAUCACAAUGGAGCACAAUGCCCGCGAUGGUUCCCCGAAAAUCCUGGAGACCUGCUCCCUGCCGCUGACGGGCAAGGGUGUGAUCGAUCUGAUCAUCUCCGAGAAGGCCGUUUUCGAGGUGGAAAAGGGCGUGGGACUCACACUAAUCGAGGUGGCCGAGGGUUACACCGUGGACGACAUCAUCGCCAGCACGGGAGCCAAGUUCACAGUGUCCCCGAAUGUCAAGACGAUGGGACAGAUUCCAGUUUGAGGAACUUAAAUGAUGCCCAGAGAAGCUGCAAUACCUUAACUUGAGUGAUAAACGAGUGCAUUUAUUUUUGUUGUUGAUCGAGUGACACAAAACAUUUCUGUUGUUAAAAUAUACGUUGACCAUGUCGAA